AUGGUAAAAAUGCAAUUAUGUCAUUCUGUUUUCUAUUUGGAAACUUUAGCUAUAGCAUUAUCAUACGAUAAUCUAUCCUACAGAAAGAUCGCCACGCAAUCGCAUACAUAUCCAAGCAACGAUUAUGACGCUAGUAAAGCUGUUGACGGCAACAUAGCAACAUGUAUGAGGACGCUAGAUAUAGGACAUACAUCUCCUCAAAAAACGGUGUGGUGGAAGGUGGAUCUUGGUGAAGUGUAUACAAUUAACAGUAUCAAUAUACUGUUCAGGGCGUAUAAUGGUUACGAGGACAGACAGCGAGGUCGUUUAGCAGGAUUCUCUCUAUAUGUGUCAAACAGCAGUUUAUCAACCAAUACUGAUAUAAAGAGUACCACUAUGUGUUACAAGGACGGACCUCACCUACCGGCCAUCAACUUCUCCACAACAUGUAUUAAGGAAGGACGUUAUGUCAUAUUUUAUAAUGAAAGGCUUAAUGAAGUGACUUACCCUGAAGGUUACGAAAUAUCUAACGCUUUUACGGAACUGUGUGAAGUUAUCGUAAAAGGGCGCACUACUACCUGUAUAUAUGGAAGUAACUGUGACAUCCCAUGUCCUGUUUCAUGCAAAGACAACAUUUGCCAAGAACAGAAUGGAAGUUGUUUUGACUGUAAACCGGGAUGGUUGGGAUCUUUUUGUAACACAACUUGCGGAAUAGGAUGGUAUGGUGUAAACUGUUUUCAACCGUGUGUAGGACAUUGUAGAGACGGCAUUACCUGUAACCACGUGACUGGUGUAUGUGACAGAGGAUGUGAUGCAGGAUGGACAGGAUACAUGUGUAAUGAGGAGUGCAAUAGAGGGACCUUUGGUUAUGAUUGUGUCAACACCUGUCAUUGUCUGAACAUAUCUUCCUGUGAUAAAAGAACAGGAACAUGCGACGGAGGGUGUACCCCCGGAUAUGUCAACAACAACUGUAGCACAAGUAAGUAUUAUG